AUGGACAAUAAAAUGACAGAAGAGGAGGAGAAGGAAAAAACACAAGGGCAACAUCCUGUCGCUUUGACACCGGUUCAAUCGCGCCGCAGCCAAGCCGCGUCGACUCACCAUUCCUCCCGAUCCUAUGUCGAUGGUCACGGCACCCAUGUGCCUGCGGGAGGUCAGGACGAUGACUCUGAUGGCGCGCAAGCGAUGGACGUCGAGAUCUCUGCCGAAAAAGCGUUCGAAGUUGGCUGGGAUGGGCCCGGUGACCCGAUGAACCCCAAAAAUAUGAGCGGAGGCAGAAAAUGGCUGAUUGUGAUGACCCUUGCAUUUGGUUCCUUAUGCGUGACCUGCACUUCAUCAUUAUAUACAACCACCUAUGAAAAGAUGGACGCCGAAUUUGGUAAUUCUCGCAUUGUCGCAACUCUUGGCCUGUCGCUCUUUGUCUUUGGCUUGGGUCUCUCUCCGAUGAUCCUGGGGCCGCUUUCUGAAUUCUAUGGCCGUCGGCCCAUAUAUAUACUGGCUUAUAUUUUCUUCACCAUAUGGCUGAUUCCCUGUGCAACGGCCCAAAACAUCCAGACUAUGUUGGUAUCCCGAUUUCUCGAUGGUUUUUCUGGAAGUGCCUUUUUAUCUGUCGCGGGUGGUACGGUCGGAGAUAUGUUCAAUCGUGAUCAGCUUCAGGCCCCCAUGAUGGUAUACACGGCGUCACCAUUUAUCGGUCCUGGUCUAGGCCCGAUCAUUGGAGGAUUCAUCAACUACAAUACUUCCUGGCGGUGGUCAUAUUACGUCCUGUUGAUAUGGUCGGGGAUAAUGCUGGUGAGCAUCGUAUUGUUCGUGCCUGAAACAUACAUGCCGGUGCUUCUGAGGACCAAAGCACAAAGGAAACGGAAAGAGACUGGGGAUGCACGGUGGAAGGCGCCGAUCGAGGUCUAUGAAAGAUCCGUUUUCUGGACGGUGGUAAGAUCGCUUUACCGGCCUUUCAUGCUGUUGUUCAUGGAGCCGAUGUGCUUCAAUCUGUGUCUGUUGUCCUCCAUCCUGUUGGGGAUCCUAUAUCUGUUUUUUGGCGCCUUCCAUCUCGUGUUUGCCGAGGUCUAUGGCUUCAACCUGUGGCAAAUCGGACUGGCGUUCCUCGGACUCACCAUCGGCAUGCUCCUGGCAAUUGCGUCCGAUCCCAUCUGGCACCUAAACUACAGGCGGCUGUUGCGAAAGCGCGAAAACGAGACAGGCGAACGCAAAUCCGAACCCGAGUACCGCUUGCCGCCAUCCAUUGUCGGUCCUUGGUUUUGUGUAGUCGGACUGUUUUGGUUUGCUUGGACAAUCUAUGCGCGGAUCCACUGGAUUGUGCCCAUCAUUGCCACGUCCUUUUUCGGAUUCGGCACUAUCCUUACCUUUUCAGGGGUCUUCACCUUCCUUGUCGAGGCGUACCCCUUGUACGCUGCCAGUGCCCUGUCGGCGAACUCUUUCGCGCGGAGCUCCUUUGCUGGUGCAUUCCCUUUGUUCGGACUCCAGAUGUACCACACUCUCAAUUUCCACUGGGCGUCGACGCUUCUGGCAUUUCUUACGCUGGCAAUGGCGCCAUUCCCUUAUCUCUUCUUCAUCUAUGGCAAACGGCUUCGUCAGAAGAGCAAGUUUACUCAGCUGCCGGAUUAA